AUGAGAUUUGAAGGAACUGGAGUUAGACACAGAAUCAGAUUAAAUGAAACUGGAGGUAGACAGAACAUCAGAUUCAAAGAAACUGGAGGUAGACAGAACAUCAGUUUUAAAGAAACUGGAGGUAAACACAAUAUGAGAUUUGAAGGAACUGGAGUUAGACAUAGAAUAAGAUUAAAUGAAACUGGAGGUAGACAGAACAUCAGCUUCAAAGAAACUGGAGGUAGACACAGCAUUAGAUUCAGAGAAAUUGGAGGUAGACACAACAUGAUAUUUGAAGGAACUGAAGUUAGACAGAGAAUGAGAUUAAAAGAAACUGGAGGUAGACACAGCAUCAAAUCCAAGGAAACUGGAGGUUGA